AUCUCAUAUCGAUAUGUUGUACUCACUGCCCUCCAUAUCAGGUGAAUGGUCAUUUGCCCUCCCCAAGUGGAUUAUUUUGCCCAACACAUCGGGGUCAUGUCGGAACAGAUCAGGGUGACCAUAGAAGCGACUUAAUCAAGCUAUUUCUUUCUCGCAUCCGGUGCACCCAUAUCUCUUUCUCGUUUUUCGAGUUUUUGAGAUAUCACUCUUUGUCAAAAUAUCCUUCUCGUUGAUGAAACAUGCUGUUCGAACCUUAUCUUUUGAUUGCCCCGCACUGGUCUUGUUUGGUAGGAGUUAGCGAUCCAACUAGACCAACAUCGUUCUUUCCUUCUGAUCUUUUCGCGAUACGAUACAUCUCAACAUGUUCGCCAACUUUUCUAACACGAGUCAAGGACUUAUAAAGACAGAUUCACGGCCAAGAUCGGAUGCGUCGAAGAUCAGUUGCCUGCCAUGUCGACGGAAGAAGAAGAAAUGCGACUUUAUUCAACCGUCAUGUAGCAGGUGUCGAAACAGCUAUGGUCAAGAUACGUGUGUGUGGUCCACUUCACGGAGAAAACAACGAAGUCGAUCACGAGACAUACAGAGUAUAGAGCGUGAUGUCCAAUCCAGACCGAGCUCCUCGUCCAGCACUUCAAGCAGGGCUUCAACGACACUAGUCAGGAAGCCGUCCGCUUCGACACGAUCGAACAGCCCAAUAGACCUCGGAUUUGAGAACUUCUGUCCUUGGAGCAUGCCAGACGUCGUCAGCAGUAUAUCUCCCGACCUAUCACCCCAAAUUUUCUUGAGGAUCUCCACGGCUUUCCAAAACCGUGUUCUUUGUCUCGACAGCGACUUCAAAGACUCGCUCGUUGCACAGAGUCUUCCACUAGCUCUUGAGCAUCCUGCUCUUCUCCACGCUUGGGUGGCAUGCAGCGUCAUAGCACUUUCGCAAUCUAUGCCGUACUGGCAUGAGAAGGCUAUCAGACACUAUGAUAGCGCUGUGAGUGGACUGAGCCAAGCUCUACAGAUAAACCCUCAUACCAGCGACAAGUGGAAGAGAGAGACUGUGAUACUUUUACAUCUAUUUGAGGGGUUCUCUUCAAAAAGCGAAGAGUCUGCUUUGGGAAAGGCGCAUCUUAGUGGUGCACACAUGUUGUUCAACCCUACUGUCAAAGAAAAAUCUCCUAUGAGCUACCACGAUGUCUUAGUACUCGAAGCUUACAUCAUGCAUACGACCAACAACUAUCUUUUUCAGCCAGACUCACAAUUACCGAUAACACAUAUGGAGGAAGCAAUGGAGACUUUCAAGUCAGCCAUGGGCCAAUUGGAUAUGGACUGCAAUUGGCGGAACAGUCCGUGGAUUGGAUUUGGAGGCCUGGAUUUAGUAGACAUGAUUUACCGAACAUCAUGGCUCACACACAAAACAUACUUGGACACCGCGGAUCGAAGGGAAUUACAAGACAUCGUCGCUCGGCUUUCAUCUUGGACCGCUCCCGCGUGCCGAGAAGAGUCAACCUCGACACAUCUUGACCUGCCACCCAAGCGCUUGGUCAUACUCGCCCGGGCAUAUUGGUGUGCGUGUUCCUAUCUCGCGACAAAUCUAAUGCUUCAAGAAGAGAUUGAGGAUCUGCCGCUCGACAAUAAUGCUUUCAUGAUACAAACCCUCGAAUUACUGGAUCAGCUGAUAGAAUUUGAAUGCACGAUCAAUAACUACUUGUGGCCAUUGGUAGUUGUUGGUACGGCAGCAUCUGAUCAGGUUACUCAGGACCAUCUCAGGUCGCUACUACCGCAAUUUAACCAAGCUCUGGGAAAGGAAUCUGCCAAAAGAGCCGAAAGAUUCCUUGCUACUGCUUGGAAGAGGGAUUUGAGCGGCGAGAUGUACGGCAUGAGGAUCUUCCGCGAUAAAGAAGCACUACAUCACAUGUUUUUCUGAUCAGACCCUCCUUCUUUGUUUGACAAGAUCAAGAAAGCGAAAGACUAUGGCAGACGAGCCCAAUAAACAAUGGAGAUAGCCUACAAAGAACAUAAUAAACCACAACCCUCAGCAGAACAAAAGAGCAAAAAACCAAGAGCCUUGCUCUAUUGGGGGAAAA